AUGGGGACUGAAAAUCCGGGUCAUCCAAACUUCCCUUCAAGACCUAAUUCCUUGCCGUUUGCGGCUGCACAGACUACGACACCUUUUUCAUCGAUGGGUCCUGUGGCUGGAUCAGAGCCUCCUUCUUUCCAGCCCACUCCUCCUGUACCUCCCCAAGUGGCCACACCGUUUUCAUCGUCUGGACCUGCUGUUAGACCAGGGGCACCCAGUUUUAGACCUACACCGCCGGGCAGGUUCAAUGGCCCAUCAGUUCCUCCUCCUCUCCCAUCAUCCAAUGUUCCGCAAGCGCCAGGUUCUGGACCUUUCCAGCAUUUUACACCACCUCCCUUUUCGUCGACUGUUCAGCCUCCUCUCACACGGGCUCCACCCUUGGGACAGCCAUCAAUUCAUCAACAUGCAAGUCAAGUACCUCCCUUUCCUUCAUCUCUUCCUCCCCAGCAGCCGAUGCCUUAUGUUCAAAUGGGGUCUCCACCUAUGGGUUCAAAUGUUCCUUCUCAAUUUCAGCCAUCUGUUCCUGGAUAUGCCCGUAUGCAGCCUGGUGCUGAAAUGCAAGCUCCACCUAUACAUUCCUCUAUUCAUGCAAAUCAAAGAAAUUACGGACCCGCACCACCUGCAGCACCAUCUCCCUUUGCACCUCAUCAAGGAGGCUAUGCUUCAUCACUCCCGGUGGCUACUCCAAUAGGAGUCCAGCCAACACAGCAACCAGGAUAUGCACCCCCUCCUGGUGCCAUUCAGGGCUUGACAGAAGACUUCAGUUCGCUCUCAAUGCAAACUCGUCCUGGAACAAUGGAUGCAAUAUUUGAUGCUAAAGAUCUUCCAAGGCCAUUGGAUGGUGAUGUGGAGCCGAAGAAUUUGGCGGAGAUUUAUCCCAUGAAUUGCAAUCCUAGAUAUAUGCGAUUCACUACCAGUGCAAUUCCUAGCUCCCAGUCUUUAGCUUCAAGGUGGCAUCUGCCUCUUGGAGCAGUUGUAUGUCCACUUGCUGAAUCUCCCGAUGGGGAAGAGGUGCCGAUAAUUAGUUUUGCUCCAGCUAGUGUUGUACGCUGCAGAAGAUGUCGGACAUAUGUGAAUCCUUAUGUGACAUUUACAGAAGCUGGAAGAAAGUACCGGUGCAAUGUAUGCACCUUGCUUAAUGAUGUUCCUAGUGAAUAUUAUGCACAGUUAGAUGCCACUGGAAAAAGAGUUGAUCUAAAUCAGCGACCCGAGCUUACACAGGUUAGAAGUGGCAUGAUUGAGGUUGCAGCCCAAACAAUCAAGUCCUGCUUAGACGAGCUGCCUGGCUUUCCACGAACACAAAUAGGGUUUGCAACUUUUGACAGCACUAUUCAUUUUUAUAACUUGAAGUCAACCUUGAAUCAACCUCAGAUGUUUGUAGUCUCAGAUCUGGAUGACAUAUUUAUUCCGCUCCCAGAUGAUCUUCUUGUUAACUUAUCUGAGUCAAGAAGUGUGGUGGAAGCCUUCCUAGAUAGUUUGCCAACUAUGUUUCAAGAUAAUGUUAAUCUGGAAUCAGCUUUUGGUCCUGCUCUUAAGGCUGCUUUCAUGGUUAUGAGUACACUUGGAGGGAAAUUGUUAAUUUUUCAAAACACACUUCCAUCUCUCGGUGUUGGUCGCUUGAGGUUACGGGGAGAUGAUUCUCGGGUUUAUGGGACAGAUAAAGAACAUGGACAGAGACUGCCCGAAGAUCCAUUUUAUAAGCAAAUGGCUGCUGAGUUUUCUAAGUACCAAAUAUCAGUAAAUGUGUAUGCAUUCAGUGAUAAGUACACUGACAUAGCCUCCUUAGGAACUCUGGCAAAGUACACUGCUGGUCAAGUGAGUUACUAUCCAGCUUUCCAAUCAGCCAUUCAUGGAGAGAAAUUGAGUCAUGAAUUAAGGAGAGACCUCACUAGAGAGACUGCAUGGGAAGCUGUAAUGCGUAUUAGAUGUGCAAAAGGUGUUCGCUUCACAACUUAUCAUGGAAACUUCAUGCUAAGAUCCACAGAUUUGUUGGCACUUCCAGCUGUAGAUUGUGAUAAAGCCUUUGCCAUGCAGUUAUCACUCGAAGAGACAUUAUUGACAACUCAGACUAUUUAUUUUCAAGUUGCAUUACUUUACACUGCAUCCUGUGGAGAAAGGCGUAUCAGAGUACACACAAUGGCAGUGCCUGUAGUUACAGACUUGGCGGAUUUAUAUCGCCUGGCUGAUACUGGUGCACUUGUCUCUCUAUUUUCUAGGCUAGCUAAUGAGAAAACAUUGUCCCAAAAACUGGAAGAUGCACGGAGUGCUGUGCAACUAAGAAUUGUGAAAGCCCUCAAGGAGUAUCGAAAUCUUUAUGCUGUGCAACAUCGCUUGGCCAACAGAAUGAUAUAUCCCGAGUCUUUAAAGUUCCUAAUGUUGUAUGGAUUAGCUCUUUGUAGAUCAAUGGCUCUACGAGGAGGGUUUGGUGAUGUUCCACUGGAUGAUCGAUGUGCAGCAGGACAUACAAUCAUGAUUCUACCAAUAAAACGAUUGUUGAAACUUCUCUAUCCUAGCUUGAUUCGACUGGAUGAAUAUCUUCUAAAGCCAUCUGUACAAGCUGAUGACUUAAAAAGCAUUGAGAGAAGGUUACCUUUGGCUGGGGAGAGCUUAGACUCUAGGGGCCUUUAUUUAUAUGAUGAUGGCUUCCGGUUUAUUAUAUGGUUUGGUAGGAUGAUUUCACCUGAUAUAGCAAAGAAUUUACUCGGGGCAGAUUUUGCGGCAGAAUUAUCAAAGGCUACUCUCAAUGAGCAUAAUAAUGAAAUGUCAAGGAGGCUGAUGAGGGUACUUGAAAAGUUAAGAAAUGAUGACCGUGGAUAUUACCAGUUGUGCCAUCUUGUGAGGCAAGGUGAACAACCCAAAGAAGGAUUCCUUCUUCUUGCAAACCUUGUUGAGGACCAGAUGGGUGGUAAUAGUGGGUAUGCUGAUUGGAUGCUACAGAUAUCCCGACAAGUGCAUCACUCAUAA